UUUUUUCAUGCCGAUGAUUUGACGGGAGUAGUUGUAGUCCUCACACCGGAUGGUGAAACUGUCCUGGGAGAAAAAAAAGAAAGCUACCGGGAUUGUUUUAAGGCCUUUGUAGCGGGAGUUUGGGAGUAAAGCGCCUUAAGUGGUUGGAUAUAUUACUUUUUUCCUCUUGGAUAGUGCUCUGAAGUUGUCACCAUGCCGGUCUUUCACACGAAGACGAUAGAAAGUAUCCUGGAGCCGGUGGCUCAGCAGAUAUCCCAUCUGGUGAUAAUGCACGAAGAAGGUGAAGUUGACGGGAAAGCUAUUCCAGAUCUGACCACGCCGGUCGCAGCCGUGCAGGCGGCUGUUAGCAACCUGGUCCGGGUGGGGAAGGAUACUGUACAAACCACAGAGGACCAGAUCAUGAAAAGGGACAUGCCACCAGCUUUCAUCAAAGUGGAGAACGCAUGCACUAAGCUGGUGCAGGCUGCUUCAAUGCUGAAAGCCGAUCCAUACUCUGUUCCUGCUCGGGAUUACCUCAUCGAUGGCUCCCGGGGCAUCCUCUCUGGCACCUCUGACCUGCUCCUUACUUUUGACGAAGCUGAGGUGCGUAAAAUUAUUCGUGUGUGCAAAGGCAUCCUUGAAUACCUGACCGUGGCAGAGGUGGUGGAGUCUAUGGAGGAUUUGAUCACCUACACAAAGAACUUAGGACCAGGAAUGACAAAGAUGGCAAAGAUGAUCGAUGAGCGACAGCAGGAGCUGACCCACCAGGAGCAUCGUGUGAUGCUAGUCAACUCCAUGAAUACAGUCAAAGAGCUACUGCCUAUUCUCAUCUCAGGUAUCAAAAUAUUUGUGACAACCAAGACAUCUGGUAGCCAGGGUGUAGAAGAGGCCUUGAAGAACCGUAACUUCACAUUUGAGAAGAUGAGUGCUGAAAUUAACGAGAUCAUCAGAGUGCUGCAGCUUACAUCCUGGGACGAGGACGCCUGGGCUAACAAGAAGGAUACAGAGGCCAUGAAGAGGGCUCUGGGACUCAUCGACUCAAAGAUGGCUCAGGCUAAGAAUUGGCUGAGGGAUCCACAUGCUCAACCAGGGGACCAAGGUGAACAGGCUAUUCGACAGAUCCUCGAUGAAGCUGGGAAAGUUGGUGAGCUGUGUGCUGGAAAGGAGCGCCGGGAUAUUCUGGGCACAGCCAAGACCCUGGGCCAGAUGACUGACCAGGUGUCUGAGAUGAGGGCCAGAGGUCAGGGUGCAUCACCAGUCGCCAUGCAGAAGGCCCAGCAGGUUUCCCAAGGCCUUGACGUGCUAACUGGCAAGGUGGAAAAUGCUGCUCGCAAACUGGAAGCCAUGACUAACUCCAAACAGGCGAUUGCAAAAAGAAUUGAUGCUGCACAGAACUGGCUUGCCGACCCUAACGGCAGUCCAGAGGGAGAGGAGAACAUCAGGGCCCUGCUCACUGAGGCCAAAAAGAUUGCAGACAUGUGUGAAGAUCCUAAAGAAAGAGAUGACAUUUUGCGGUCUAUUGGAGAGCUCGCCGCUAUGACAGCUAAGCUCUCUGAUCUCAGAAGACAGGGCAGAGGUGAUACUCCUGAGGCCAGAGCUUUGGCUAAACAGAUCGCAACAGCUCUGCAGAACCUACAGUCCAAGACCAACAAGGCUGUGGCCAACAGUAGGCCUGCAAAGGCAGCUGUACAUUUGGAAGGAAAGAUCGAGCAGGCGCAGCGCUGGAUUGACAAUCCUACAGUGGAUGACAGUGGUGUUGGUCAAGCUGCUAUCCGCGGCCUGGUGGCAGAGGGCCGCAGGCUUGCUAAUGCUCUGCCCGGUCCAUACAGGCAAGAGCUGCUGGGUAAGUGUGAGCAGGUGGAGCAGCUCAUGGCCCAGCUGGCCGACCUGGCAGCCCGGGGCGAAGGGGACUCCCCUCAAGCACGUGCUGUGGCCCAGCAGCUCCAGGGGGCCUUGAAAGAACUGAAAGGGAAGAUGCAAGAGGCGAUGACUCAGGAAGUGUCUGACAUCUUCAGUGACACCACCACCCCCAUCAAGUUACUGGCAGUGGCCGCCACCGCCCCUAUGGACUCCCCCAACAGAGAUGAGGUCUUUGACGAAAGGGCUGCCAACUUUGAGAACCAUGCUAAUAAGCUUGGCACCACUGCAGAGAAGGCUGCUGCUGUCGGUACCGCCAACAAGAGCACAGUGGAGGGAAUUCAGGCUGCCGUCAAGUCAACAAGAGACUUGACACCACAAGUGGUAUCCGCUGCUCGUAUCCUGCUGAGAAACCCUGGCAACCAAGCUGCAUAUGAACAUUUUGAAACCAUGAAGAAUCAGUGGAUUGACAAUGUGGAAAAAAUGACAGGUUUGGUGGACGAGGCCAUCGACACCAAAUCUCUACUGGACGCCUCAGAGGAGGCCAUCAAGAAGGACCUGGAUAAGUGCCGUGUGGCCAUGACCAACCAUCAACCUCAGAUGCUGGUCGCCGGUGCCACCAGCAUCGCCCGCAGAGCCAAUCGCAUCCUACUUGUGGCGAAGCGAGAGGUGGAGAACUCUGAGGAUCCUAAAUUCAGGGAGAUGGUGAAGGCUGCAUCUGAUGAACUGAGCCAGACAAUUUCCCCCAUGGUGAUGAAUGCUAAGGCAGUGGCAGGAAAUAUCCAAGAUCCAAGUCUUCAGAAGGGCUUCCUGGACUCAGGUUAUAAGAUUCUUGGUGCUGUGGCAAAGGUCAGGGAGGCCUUCCAGCCGCAAGAGCCAGACUUCCCACCACCUCCUCCCGAACUGGAUCAGCUUAAUCUCAAUGAUGAACCAGCACCACCCAAGCCUCCUCUUCCAGAGGGUGAGGUUCCUCCUCCUAGACCUCCUCCACCAGAGGAGAAAGAUGAGGAGUUCCCUGAGCAGAAGGCUGGUGAUAUGGUUAACGAGCCCAUGAUGGUAGCUGCCAGGCAGCUCCACGAUGAAGCUCGCAAGUGGUCCAGCAAAGGAAAUGACAUCAUUGGUGCUGCCAAACGAAUGGCCCUGCUCAUGGCAGAAAUGUCACGUCUGGUGCGUGGUGGCAGCGGAAACAAGCGUGCCCUCAUCCAGUGCGCCAAGGACAUCGCUAAGGCUUCUGAUGAGGUCACACGGUUGGCAAAGGAAGUGGCUAAGCAGUGCACUGACAAGCGUAUCCGGACCAACCUGCUCCAGGUGUGUGAACGGAUUCCCACCAUCAGCACUCAGCUCAAAAUCCUGUCCACAGUCAAGGCCACCAUGCUGGGUCGUACCAACAUCAGCGAAGAGGAGUCAGAGCAGGCCACUGAGAUGUUGGUCCACAACGCUCAGAACCUGAUGCAGUCUGUGAAAGAGACGGUCAGAGAGGCCGAGGCAGCUUCCAUUAAGAUCCGGACGGAUGCAGGUUUCACCCUCCACUGGAUCAGGAAGACCCCCUGGUACCAGUAAGAGACAGGCCACUGUUCCUCUGCCUCCUGCUGGUUCUGUCCAGCUGUCCAAGAGGGACACUGAAUGGACAGAUAUUAAACCAAGCUCUGUGCCCUUCACUCUAAUAUGGGUUUGUCUAUUUGUCCCAUGUCCUGUCUGUAACAGUUGCUGUUCUAGUAGAAUGUAAACAAUGGGACGAUCAGUACGAGUUACACAUUAGAUUCUUACUGGGAACGUCUUUUUUUUCUAAAGCGUGUAAAAAUGUGUUUAAAGAUUGUUUUGACAAAACUCCCAGAAACAUAUAUAUAUUUUGAUUAGUUUGGAUUUCAUAUAAUGUAAGGUGGAUUGUUGAUGUUCUCUUUUGGACACAAACCACAGAAAGUCAAAUUUAAAUAAGAUUUUUCUCAAGAGGCAUUUUUAUAUCUUUGCACUGAUAAAUAUUAUUAUCAGUCGUUCACCUUUGCUAGAAAAAGCACAUUAACUUUAGAAGGUAUUACAGUUCAGUAUAGACCUACGCUCAGCACACACUAAGUAUAAUCAGUGGUAUUAUGUCUGUUUACACUAUUCUUUAUUAUCACGUGAAAAGAGAAAAACACUGUUCCUUAUUUUGCGUUUUAUAAACAAAUGUUUAUUUUCUUCCAAAUGUUCUGCCAAAGACAGUCUGCCGUGAUCUUUGAAGAGUUAGCUCUUUGAUCAGUGAUUGAGUAUAAGGGCUACUUAUUAUGGACAAAUAAAAGAAAAUAACUACAAUUUCUACUACAGAUAAGGAUGAAAACCACACAUGUAAGCUUGCAUUCAAGUCCUUCUAGGUAUAGUUCACAUGUUGCUUUGAGAUCACAUGUGAUAAACAUGCUUGUGCAGGCACUUAGUUCGCUUUAGCUUUAGCUUCAGGCCGACUCUGAAAACAGAAAUGCAUGUCACUUCGUCUUCAUAUCACAAAACACAUUAUUUCACAAAACACAAACAUUUAAGUUAGCGUCACAUCCACAGGCAACUUUUAAUCAAGUAAUGUAUGCUGCUCUGUUCAUACAGCAGUGAAGUUGUCAAUUAUAGUUAACAUCUGCGGCUCAAUCAUUGGCCAUCAUUGAUACCAAAUGUUUGUGUCAGUGAAAUAUAUUUGUGAAAUAUGGGUUUUUGUGAUAUGACGCAUAUGAUGGAGAUAUGUUGCUAUAACAAGAAGUGCUUCUUGUAAAAAAAAAAAUGGGAUGAAUUGGUAUUUUGUAAUGAUAAGAAAUGUUUCUCAUUGUGACAAAAUAUUUUGUAGUAUUUUUUAAAUAAUUUUUUGAUCAUGGUUGCAGCCAUCCACACUGUUUCUGCCCUCUCCACAAAUAAAAAGAUCUGGAUUCAA